CGAACGAGACAGCGUCGUCGGGCGCCUCAUCGAACACGGGGCUCGGAGAGUUAGUCUGCGUCAAUCUCCGCGCCCGCGGGGGCAGCAGAGGCGACGGCGGGGGGGGGCCCUGCCCGGUCGAGGGAGUCGGCGACCAAGGCGCCAAACGGGCCGGCGCUGCCGCGCACGAUAAGGAAGGCGACGAGAGCAGAGGGGGGGCCUCGCAGCAGGAGCGAAGCUGUAGAAGGUCGCAGUGUCGACAGAAAGGGGCGCCAGGCACCACGCGCCCACGAAGGCGCACAUCAAAUUCUCCAUCGCGCACACGCUGCAGAGCGCAGAAUGCGUCGGCGGCGCCACACAUAAAAAAGUGAUCGACAUGAACGGGUAGAGCCUUGCUGCAUGAGCGAAGCAGCAGUAGGUCACAAUAUCGACAGAGAGAGGCGCCCAGCACCGCGCGGCCCAGACUCCUUAGCCCAGCGCAAGCAACGAAGGGAUCCAACGCGCACCCUUUGUCAUCAGCGUCUGCGGCAUGAGGCCAUUGUUCAGGAAGGAGCUGCGCAGCGCCUUCAGGUGGAGGCCGCCCAGCGCCGUCCGAUGGAAGAAGACGUCUCGCGGGAGGCCAAUGCGAAUGGCGCGCGGGCUCAGCAGCGGCAGGACCUGCAGCGGCCCCGUCGACGCGCAGCUGAAGCCCAGCAUGAGGCCGAGGCACAGAGAGUGUGCCAGCUGCCUAGUCCGGUGGAGGAGGAAGCCCAGGGAGAGCGGGUUCAGCAGCGGCAGGACCCGCAGCAGCGUCACCGACAUGUGGCAGCAGCCCUGCAGGAGGUCGAAAUACAGGGAUCACGCCAGCAGCGUCGUCCGGCGGCGGCAGAAGCGCGGGGAGAGCGUGACCAGCAGCGGCAAGACCCACAGCAGCUCCAUCAACAUCAGAAAAACCCAGAAGUCCAGCAGGCGCAUCUCCCUCAUGCAGGCGAGGCGGACCAUGGUGUCCAACGUCUUCGCGACCCUGAGGACCGUCACGCGCAGCGCCAGCUUCAGCAAGGAGCGCCAGGUGGAGCGGGUCGUCGUCAUCUUCACCCCAGCUUGCCGUAUCCCAAACGGGUUCAGCACCAUCGGCGGCAGCAGCGCGACCGAUACCGAGCUGCGUUGGUGGCCACCCUCAACGGCAGCAGCCAGGCGGGCACCGCGUGCGCCCAGCGGCGGGGCCGAAAAUCCCCGCUCGUCUGAAGCUGCUGACGUGAUCGUACACAAUGGGGAACGCAACCUUCAACGGCAAGGCCGUCGAGGAAGGCCGUCACGGACCGCGGCAGCUUGGAGAACUUCGCGCGCACUGGCGCCAGCGUCAGGCGCUGGAUCGGCAGCUUGUCCAACCAGGGCGUGUACCUCUGGGGCAGUGCGGCUGGCAGCCCGAGGCAGCCAGAGUUCCAAGGUCAUCAGCUGAGCGUCGGCACACGCAGGAUGGAGGCGGCAGCAAAGGCGCGCGUGUUCAGCAGCAAGUGCCUCGUCAGUCAGCUCUAUCAGGCGGGAGUUGUUGCAGCCAUCGCCGACCGCACAGCGCGGAUGGUAGCGGCAUGCCGAACGGGUAGAGAUCCGCGGGCCUCAGGGAGGACCUUCA